AUGUUCUCCGUCAUCAUCCCAGGCAGACCCUGUCUAACCGACAUAGUCGCCGUUGACGGCCAACCAAACGGCCAACCGACUAAGUUUGCUUUCACAUUCCCCCUUACGCCUUCAUUCACGGACGUCGUCGUAUUCUUCCUCCCGGGAACCGUCCUCCCCCAAGACACAGCAGCCGCCAUCUACAUCCAAUUACCAGAACAAACACCUUCCCCCAACGGCCCAGCCUUCCGCUUCAUAGGCGCCCUAGCCAACGAAAAACCCUCCGCAGUAUUCAAAGUCCGCCCCGGCGAAUCAGCAUCCACACCGCGGCGCUCAGAAGCGGAAGAGCAAGAUGAAAUGCUCGACGAAGGCGCAAGUAACCUCUCCGGCGGCGCGUCGCCGGGCGGAAUCGUGACGUUGGGAAUUUCAAUCGAGCCCGUCCAGACUGUUGCGCCGCAGUUGGCGCAGUUAGAGGCUGAGAAGCCGGCGGCUGGGACGUCGACGGAUCUUGUAAGACAGUCUCCUGAGCAGCGGCAGAGGAAGGAGGUCUCGACGAAGGUGCUUGCGCAAAGGAUUAUCGGGAAUGCGUUUAAUUUUCUGGCGAGUUUUGCGGCGCCGGAUCCUAAUCAUAGAGGGGAGGAGGUUGUGACGUUGAAGAGCUUUCGUGAUUGGUGGAGCAAGUUUGAGAGGAGGGUGGAGAUGGAUCCGUCGUUUUUGGAGAAGGAGGAUCCGAAUGCUCAGGGGUAA